CACUAAUUGGUUGCAAAACUUUUGCUAGAUUUAAAAAAAAUAACAUGAGUCACAUACGAGAGAAUGUGCUGAUACCUCGAUCUGCUUCACCAGCGGCAACAAUAGUUAGAUCUCUGCAUUUAUCAAGAGCUAAACUACAACCAAGCAGCAGAAAUGGACUGGCAGAAAACGCUGCACAGCUGGCAGAGACGGAUCUCUCAAGAACUGGACUCGGUGGUGGAUUUUUGGUUACGGCAUUCCCAUGAUAAGGAAUAUGGAGGGUUCUUUACAUGUCUGGACCAGACUGGAAAAGUUUAUGAUGAUCUGAAAUAUGUAUGGUUGCAAGGUCGACAGGUAUGGAUGUAUAGUCGGUUGUAUCGAAAAGUACCAAGAUUCCAGCGUCCAGAACUCCUACAGGCAGCAAAAGCAGGAGGGGAGUUCCUGCUGAGACAUGCACGAGUGGCUCCACCUUCCCAGAAAUGUGCCUUUGUCCUGACCCGUGAUGGCCGCCCUGUGAAAAUCCAGCGUACCAUUUUUAGCGAGUGUUUUUAUGUUCUUGGGUUGGAUGAACUUGGUCGAGCUACAGGGGAAUCUCAUUAUCAGAGGGAGGCCCUUGCAAUGAUGGAAGCCAUCGUGCACUGGGUGAGAGAGGAUCCCUCUGAGUUGGGUCGUCCACAGCUGGCAGGCGCUGUCCCACAUGACUCUAUGGCCGUCCCCAUGAUGCUCCUCAACUUGGUGGAUCAGCUAUCAGAAGGAAAUGUGGAGGUUGCAAACCGCUUCAAGGAAUUGGACAACUGGUCUGCUCAAAGAAUACUGAGUCACCUUCAGAGGAAUGGUGCUGCAGUUUUGGAGAAUGUUUCUGAAGAUGGCAAGGAAUUGCCAGGGUGUUUGGGAAGACAGCAGAAUCCUGGUCAUGCAAUUGAAGCAGGCUGGUUCUUGCUCCGUUGUGCCAGGCGCCAGCUUAACUCAGGCCUCCAAUCCCAAGCAGUGGACAAAUUCAUGAAACAGCCAUUCCGUUCAGGCUGGGAUCCUGAACAUGGGGGACUCUUCGCCUUCCAAGAUGUUGAUGAUUUCUGCCCCACUCAGCUAGAGUGGAAAAUGAAACUUUGGUGGCCGCACACAGAGGCCAUGGUAGCAUUCCUAAUGGCUUUUGCUGAAACUCAAGACCAAGAGCUUCUGGAGUUAUUUCACCAGGUGGCCAAUUACACCUUUGCUAAGUUCCGUGAUCCAGAACUAGGAGGAGAAUGGUUUGGGUAUCUGAGCCAGGAAGGCCAGGUGGCUCUCACAAUCAAAGGAGGGCCAUUUAAAGGUUGUUUCCAUGUCCCUCGUGCUCUCUAUAUGUGUGAAGAAAUUCUGAAAUCCUUGCUGGAAACAAAAUCUGCCAUUCAGAAAUGAAAUGUUCUUUUGACAUUUGUAAAAGGCUGUAUUUUCUGCAUUUUCUGCCCUCAGGAGAGUCUAAUUAUAAAAAUGAUCUUCUCUGAUCAUUUUGAAACUCACCCUCAAAGCCACCCAUGUCUCAUUUAAGAAAGCAAACAUCUAUUUUUACUCAUGAUUUUUUGCUUUUAGAUAUUUUAGAAAAAGGAAGUCUCUAUCAUUUCUCAAUUCAAAUUCAAACUGGUUGGUUAUUUUUUAAUCUGUAAUCUGACUAAGUUUGGCAACACCAUUAUGAAUAAAUCUGCUAAGUGCUAUAGAGCCACAUUUAUACACUGCUUAAAAGAGCAGAUAGAUAGUUAAAUAAUGUAACAAUUAUUUGCAUAUUCUAUUAUGGUGGGAAAAUAUUUUAAUCUCUACUUGCUCUGUCUGAUCAUGAUUUAUUUUCUGGUCAUUGCCAAAUAUGUGCCAUUUCAUUUAGGUUUGUGCAAUAAAGAUACAAAAUGUUCUCAAAAACA